AUGGAGCCGCUGCUCAGAGCCCUUCUGUGGGCUUCUCUGUGCCAGGUUUAUGAUCUGAAAGCGGAUCCGUGUGGAUACUGCCUGAUCCUCAACAACGUCAACUUCAGCCAAGACUCGGCGCUUUCGACUCGAGCCGGCUCCAACGUGGACUGUGAGAAGCUGGAGAAGCGCUUCAAGUCGUUGCACUUCGACGUCGUGACCCGGCAGGAUCUCGUAGCUCAGGAAAUGGUCCGGGAGCUGCAGAAGCUGGCGCGGUUGGACCACAGCGCCCGGGACUGCUGCCUCGUGGUGAUCCUUUCCCACGGAUGUCAGACGAGUCAUAUUCAGUUUCCUGGAGGGAUUUACGGAACAGAUGGAAAGGCCAUUCCAGUUGAAAAGAUCGUGAACUAUUUCAAUGGGUCCAAUUGCCCGAGUUUGAGAGGAAAACCCAAACUCUUCUUCAUCCAGGCCUGUGGUGGAGAGCAAAAGGAUCAAGGCUUUGAAGUGGAAUCUGAUUCACCUGUAGAGGAAGCUCAUAGAUUUUCUGCAGAGUCGGAUGCAACCCCUUUUCAAGCUCCGUCGGGCGCUUCAGACGAGCUGGACGCCGUAGCCAGUUUGCCCACACCAAGUGACAUCUUGGUGUCCUACUCAACUUUUCCAGGCUUUGUCUCCUGGAGAGAUAAAUCGAGUGGCUCGUGGUACGUGGAAACACUGGACAACAUCCUGGCAACCACCUCUUGCCCCGCGUUUCUCUCGGCUGCUCUCCCGUGUGCGCAGGUGGCCCACGCCGUUUCGGCCAAGGGCAGGUACAAGCAGAUUCCCGGCUGCUUCAACUUCCUCCGCAAGAAAUUCUUCUUCAUGUACAAGUGA